AAGCAGAAGAAAAAGAAGUGGAAGCUGCCUGAGGAAGGGAGAGAAUGCUCAUUCUGGUUUCCGUUGGAAUUCACAGUAGACGUAAGUAAUUGGCUAAUGUUGCUGUCAAACCCUAGCUUCCUUCCCUCUCCCUCCAUUUCUUCGUAUCGUUUCUCUCGCAAGCUAUCCCCAAAUACUACAGUGCGCUGCCAAGCCGCAGACCUCCCUCUCCGUGGAGGUUCUACCCCUCCUCGUUGGUUCCAAAUCUCUGGAGCCGUCGAUGUCCCCAAUGGCGCAGGUCUCCCUCAGGACUCGGAGGCAAGUGUCGUGGACGGAUCGCGAAGGAGAACUGUUAUUAGGAAUAAUACGACGAAAGCGAAUGCGAGAGAGAAGCGAUGGUCUCGCGACAAGGAAAGCUACCUCGCUGAUGAUGGCGAUGCACUUCCCCUUCCCAUGACUUAUCCCGACUCCUCUCCUGUCCACCCCGAAGAGAUCGAUCGUCGUCUUCGUUGUGAUCCCGUAUCUCAGGACUGUAAAGAAGUGGUUUACGAAUGGACUGGAAAGUGUAGAAGUUGCCAAGGUACUGGUUUUUUCAGUUAUUACAACAAAAGGGGGAAGGAGAUCACUUGCAAAUGCAUACCUUGCCUCGGAAUUGGUUAUGUUCAGAAAAUUACAGCUCGCAAAGACAUUGAAGUGAUGGAGGACUUGGAUAAUGGAAAGCCUCCUUGACCACGUGCACAAUUAUUAUCUUCCCUUUAUCCAUUUGUUUCAAUUUUGAUGAGCUCCCAAUGGUUUUUUGUAAUGCAAUAUGCUUUCUUCCUUCUUUGGUUUUAUUGUACUCCAUACUAAUUAUGAAGAGGAGUUUCCAUCACAAGGAGGGUGGAAGAGAUAAGGGGAAUGAAUGCAUAUUCCCUUCUUUAUUAUAACAGGAAUAUCUUCCUUUACUUUUUCCCAAAGAAUACUUUACUUUGAGAUUAUAUUCUUUUCUUUGCUUCUCUGACCUACUCAUCU